AUGGAUACUUUAGCGUACGAAAAUAAGUUAGAUAAAUUAAAAGAAUUACUAUAUUCUAUUGAGCAUUUAUGUUCAACUAAUAACCAAGAACUGAGUGAUAGAUUUUCUGAUAUCUUUAUAGAAUAUUAUCGCAUCUUAGAACAACUUAUAUUUAGAGUAAAUAAUUUGAAUUCAAAAACUUUCAAGAUUCAUGUCCCCAAUGAUUUAUAUUCCAAUAAUAUAAAAAUUGACAUAUUGGAUAAUAUGUUGUUACAACCAAGUAUUAAUAAUAAAUUGGCCAAAAUUGUGGACUAUUUUGAUUUUAUACAUAAUUUCCAUUUAAAAUACAUCGAUUUACAGUUGGCUAAAAGUGGAGAAUAUAGAAAGGGAAAUGAUACUGAAAAAAUAAUGAUAAGUAAAAAAAUUGAAAUCAAACUUGAGGAGUAUGAAAAUCAAUUAACUGAAACUGAUGAUGAAAAUAAUAACGAGGAAACAUCUGUGAAUUUUAACACCACAAAAGAUAAAAUCAGUAAAAUCAAUAAACAAAUUACACAAUCAUUAGUACGCAGUAAUCAAAUAUUAAAGGCAUCGGUUUUACAAACUGAAUUAAAUCUGGAAGAAUUGGGCUCCCAAACCACAUUACUAACUGAAUUAAGUGAUAAAUUUGAAAUGGUCAACACUGUUUUGAAUAAAUCUUCAAAAUUAAUCAGGAUCAUUGAAAGAAGCGGAUCCCAAGAGAAAAAAAGAAUUUAUUAUAGUUUAGGAUUUUUAGUAUUAUGUAUUUCUUGGGUUGUUUGGAAAAGAAUAAUUAGAGGCCCUCUAAAGUUGGUAUUAUGGAUUUGGUUUAGAUUUUUCAAAACUAUAUUAUAUUCAUUUGGUGCUGUUAAGACCAUUAAGAAUAAACACUUUGAUGGUAAUAAUACGUUAAAAUAUAAUCACUCCGGUGCUGGUGAAAUUACUACGUCUGUUAUGAAUACUAUUAUAACUUCAACAGUGGUAGAAAACAUUACCAAUAAAACAGAUGUCAAUGAUAUCAUUAACUCUAUUACAUUAGAUGAACUAUAA